GGAUGUUUGUGGAGCAUGUUCCGGUUGAUAGCCGGGUGUCAGUCAAACACUUGAUUCAGUCUCUCAGUUGAUAUCAGACCGUCAACAUGUCCUCGGACCCGUGUUCCUUCUCCUCUUUCACCAGGUGCAUCACCAAACACCUGAACCUGACCCUGCGCGUGGACUUCGACAGACGGAACAUCCGGGGUCAGGUGGAGCUGACCGUGGAGGCUCUCGAGGACCGUUUCUCCUCUCUGGUAACGUUUCCGAACCUGGUCCUCUGCUGCAUGUUAGCUGGAGAGCUAACGAACGUACCGAGUGUUCUGAUUUCAAACCGUGUUUAAAGGUCUUGAAGGCAUCACCUUAUCCAAACUGAAUUGAUUUGCACAUAAAGAAAAUAAAUGAUCAAUAAUCACCAAACAGUGUGUAAAAUAAUCAAUACAAACAGUAACGGUAGAUGAACAUUUAACUACUCCGACUGUUUCGUCUGUAAACUCUAAAGAUUUCUGAUUUUGUGAUCCGUAAAUAAUGAAAGGAUGAAUUAAAAUGAAGAUUUGUAAACUAACUCUCAGGUGUUAGUUUGGACUUUGCCCUGGAGGCAGAGCUGUCAUAGUCAGACAGGUGUGUAAACCAACUCUCAGGUAACUCAAUCCAUGUUUUUACACAGCGGUAAGAGUAUGUCAGGUGUUUUAGUUUCACUUUAUAAUGUGAUAAUUUGAAACUAAUCCAAAAACUGUAACUGGAUAACACUUGAGUUGUUUCUUAUCUAAACCUAUCUUUUGAAGGCCAAUUUCAUUCUUUGUAAGAAACCCAGACAAUACAAAAACCCUACAUGAUAAAAUGAGACCAUGAGGACCAAAAUAAAAAUAUAAAAUAAGUAAGAAAAAGAAAUGUCAUAAAAAACGGAGGGUAGAAAGCAGGAAACAGGAUAGUAAAUAUAAAAAGACAAUAUUUAUAAUGAUAAUAAAAUCAAAACAAAAUAACAAUGAUGGUAAUAGUAAUGAUAAAAUGAAAUAACAAAAAUGAGCAGGAAAAAAAACAAUAAAAUCAAUAAAAGGCCUAAAAGGUUGAAUAGGAAAAGAUGAUAAGUAAAACAAAGUCUUAAAAGACAGUAAGGUGAAAUAAGAUAGAGGUAAAAGAGUUAAAAGAGAAACAAGACAUUACAUUUCAAAUCAUUUUUAUAAAUUUAUUUUUUUAUUUAAAAAAAAAAAACUACAAAUUUUUCAUCCUGAAAAUAUCAAUUUAAAAAGCAUUUUUUUUUAUGUGUGACGGUUUCAAAGGAGUUCAUGAUUCCUGGACUUUGACUUACAGGUUGAUUUAUCAGGACAGGUCUUAUUUUAUCAAAGUAUGUGUGUGUGUGUGUGUGUAUCAUAGAGUGUGUGUAAUUAUUAUUAUGGGUAAUAUUUUUGCUGGACUUUGACUGAGAGGAUGAAUUGUAAGUGCAAAGUGUGACAGGUACGUGUUUAUCUGCAGGUGUGUGUCAGUGCUGACUCUGCUGUAACUAUUCUGAUUUUACUAUUUAUCCACUACGACUCUACCAUCAGAAAGUGCAAUAUCACUCACCAUGCUGCUAUUUUACCCCUCAGUUUUUAUUGUUUUUAUUCAUUUUUUCUGUAUAUUAAAUUAAACAUCAUCAUGCUGUGAUAUGGAAGCCAAGCAACAACAAAUCUCUGCUGUGUUUUAUUCUGUCUAAUGACAAAAAAAUAAAGUCUAAAACCUAGGUGUGUGUGUGCUUUUCUUUAACUUGCAGACUUUAGACACCAGAGACCUGAACAUCAUCUCUGUGAGGGCUAAUGGACAAGCGGCCACUUUUACGAUGGGCCCCAAACACUCCUUCAAGGGGACUCCACUGGAGAUCACGCUGCCCUUUGACCUUUCCAGGUGAGCCCCCCUCCUCCUUUUUCCUCAGGUGAGGUCUUUUCAGAUUAAAAUGUACUGAUGUAUUUGUGCUCUGGACCAAUCAGAGGGCAGCAGGUGAUCCUGGAGGUCACCUAUGAGACGUCUCCUUCUGCGACCGCGCUGCAGUGGCUCUCACCUGAGCAGACAGCCGGGAAGAAGCACCCCUACCUGUUCAGCCAGUGUCAGGUGACCAUGCACGUACACACACACACACACACACACACACACACGGACAGUAGCUUUUUCCACACAGUAAUUUCAAAACAGUGCUGUAACUUCUCGUCUGUACUCAACUUAAACACUGUAAUAUUUGCUGUAAUAUCAGUGUCCAAGUGUGAUUGCACAUCCUAUUACAGCUUCAGGGAAGUGUGAAAGAUACAGCUCGAUUACACACACAGCCAGAGCUUCGCAUACACACACACUGAAAUGUGCACACACACACACACACACACACACACACACACACACAGAGUGCAGUUCUGCCCGGCCUGCCCUGACUCUCCUUCCCUUUAUGUCUCUUCUGUUACUUCCUCUGAGGAAGAAUCCGGUGGAACUACUUCACCAACAUCACACUAUCACACCCUAUAUAGGUGUGUGUGUCUGUGUUUGGUGUGUGUGUUGUAAUUUGUAUGUUGUAAUGAAGUGUUUCUGAAAAACUGUUUUGACAGUUUGUUCUUCUUCUUUUUUCUUCCUGUUCACAGGAGUUUAUGUAUUUUUUGUAACAAACUGUGUCUUAACGGCUGUUGCUGCAGCCAUGAAGACAUCACCUCCACAGUUUCUGUUCAAAUCAUCAUAAUAAUUUAUUAAUCGUUAUGUUUAUAUUGAUAUAAUUUAAUUAAACUAAUCUCGACUUCAAAUCACAGCAGUCUGAACUGUAAAAUAAAGAGAAUGACUCCCUGAUUUUUGUCUUACAGGCUCAUCACUGCAGGAGUAUGAUUCCUUGUCAGGACAGUCCAUCUAUCAAACACACCUACUAUGCACAGGUAACCUACACACACAUCAACUUGUGUUUUCCCCCUGUUUUGUCUGCCAGGUGUUACAUCUGUACAAGGGCUGCAAAGUAUUGAGAAGAUAAAGAUACUGAAAAAUUUGCAAUAUAAGAUAAAGGAAUACAUGCAGGAAUGAAUACAGUUGAGCUCUACUAUUUGCCCUGAGUUUAGUCUGCCAGGUGUGACCUGUAUGCCCUGUGUCUUGACUGUCAGGUGUGACCCUUUGUCUUGUUUUUUGUCUAUCAGGUGUCUGUUCCUAAGGACCUGGUGGCGGUGAUGAGUGCAAUGAGGGACGGACAGGCAGUGGAUCCUCAGGAUAGUAACAGAGUGGUGUACAGGUUCAGACAGCCGGUCAGUCUCUCUUCUUCUUCUUCUCUUCAUCAGAGUGUGGCUGUUGUUGGUGUUAUUGUUGUAGUUGAGAGUCUGUAAAAAUACAGAAACAUUUAUAUUGAUAUGUUAUUCUCCUUUAUUUAUCCUUAAUCCUGAGCUCUGAUGUUUAGUGACACUUUGACCUUUGAUCUUAGGUGCCCAUGCCCUCUUACCUGAUCGCCAUCGUGGUGGGAGCUCUGGAGAGCAGGUAAGCUCUGUCUCACCUGUGAGUGAUGUCAUGGUUCACCUGCUGCAGGUUAAUAGUGUUCUGUGCUCUGAUUGGUUGACAGAGAGAUCGGGCCACGCUCAAGGGUGUGGUCAGAGAAAGAGUUUGUGGAUAAAGCUGUAUUUGAGUUCUCUGAGGUAACACACACACAGAGACACACAGAGACACACACAGACAUGUGUUGAUGCUGAAGUUAACCGCCUGUAAAAGAAUCAUUUAGAAUAACCCUCUCCCCCUCUCAGACAGAGACCAUGCUGAAGACGGCUGAGGAUCUGGCUGGUCCAUAUGUUUGGGGUCAGUACGACAUCCUGGUUCUUCCUCCUUCGUUCCCCUACGGCGGCAUGGAGAACCCGUGUCUCACCUUUGCCACGCCCACACUGCUGGUACACACACACGCACAUAAAUGAACACACAGGGACCACUUAUACAUAAUUUUUCUGCAUAUAUUUGAAUAUUAAGUCAGUGUGUAUUAAGUGUCACAGCUGAUUACUGUUUGUUUACAGGCUGGAGACAAAUCUCUGUCCAAUGUGAGUAUCAAACACUAUUACUGCCCACCUGUUCACCUGCAAGCAGAUCCACCAGCUCACCUGUUCACCUGAUCAUGUUUAUGUGUGUUAUAAAUGUUCCUACCUGUUCAGGUGUUGACAGACUUGUGAUUCUUCCUGACAGGUGAUCGCUCAUGAGAUCUCUCACAGCUGGACAGGUAACCUGGUGACCAAUAAGACAUGGGAGCACUUCUGGUAAAUAAACACACUGAGUGUUUCUUUAUACAGGUGUGAUUUAUUAUCGGUAUAUAAGUUGAUAGAAAGGUAAGGGUGUUACUAAAUAAAGGGGGUGUGGUCUUUACCUGGUGCUCAGGCUGAACGAGGGUCACACGGUGUACCUGGAGAGGAUGAUCGGCAGGUGCAUGGAGAGCGAGCAGUUCAGACAGUUCAAAGCCAUGGGGGGCUGGAAGGAACUGCAGGACUCGGUGAGGACCUGGACUUGUUAUCAAAGAUGAUACAACCUGUCUGACUUUAAGCUGAAAGGUGUAUUUUCUUCCUGUGUCUCACCUGUCUGUGACAUCACCCAGGUGAACACGUUUGGAGCAAAUAACCCCCUGACGAACCUGAUCCCCAGCCUGCAGGAUGUGGACCCUGAUGACGCCUUCUCCUCUGUGCCCUAUGAGAAAGGAUUUGCUCUGCUGUAUCACCUGGAGGAGCUCAUGGGGGGGCCAGGUAACACCUUUAUGACAUCACUUUAGAGUGUCUCACCUGUAUGACAUCACAGCAGAGUGUCUCACCUGUGUUUCUGUCACAGAGGUGUUCAUGGGCUUCGUGAAGUCGUACAUCCAGAUGUUUGCUUACAGCAGCGUCACCUCAGAGGAGUGGAAGAAUUACCUGUUCACCUACUUCAAAGACAAGGUGAGACCCACUUCUUAAAGGGAUAUUCCGGCGUAAAAUUUAUUUUGCGCCAAAUACACCACAAUACAGAGUUUGGCACCCCCCCCAAGAGAUGAAUGUUGCCAACCACUUGCUUCUCUAGUUAUACCGACUUUAGUAACGACCGCACGAUAGCAAUACACAGCAGUCUGAGGAGCCCGUCAUCAUUCAUCUCUUGAGGCGGUGUCUAACUCGGUGUUACAGUGUGUUUGACCCUAAAUCAGGUCCUGUUGGUCCUGGGACGGGAGGAUCAGGACCUAUUGUGUCAGCUUUGUCCUGGACCUGAAAGUGUGUUGGACAGUGACUCACCUGUGCUUGUUUCUCAGGUGGACAUUCUGAACAAGGUGGACUGGAAUGCCUGGAUGUUCACACCUGGGAUGCCUCCAGUCAAACCUCAGUGAGUUUAGACCUUCAUCAAGUCCUCUUGCUCUCUUCUGGUCCAGGUUCCAGAGUCCUGACGGUUCUUUGUUUGGUUUCAGGUAUGACACCACGAUGGCGGACGCCUGCAUUGCUCUGUGCCAGAGGUGGACCACGGUAAGACCUGGAUCUCACCUUGACCUGGUUCUAGUUUUUCUGUUCAGAAAGUAACCUCCCCUACUCCACUUUUAGGCCACAGAGCAGAACCUGAGCAGCUUCACAGAAGCAGAUGUGAAGAGUCUGUCGUCCCACCAGAUCAUCGAGUUCUUGUCGCUACUGAUCCAGGAGGUAAUCCACUUUGGACCAGUACAAACCACUUCGUCAAUUCAGUUUACUCUAGUCCACUUAUGUAGUGACUUUUUUCCUUCAAUAGAAAGGUUGCUGGGGUUGAGGUUCGCUUGCAUCUGUGACUCGUUUGAAUUAUAAGUCCGGUUUAAGUGUUAAAAAUUAUUUAUUGUUCAAAAAAGGAAAGAAAACAGCUGAUCCAGGUCCAAAUCCUUUACCUUCAAAUGAAAAAAGUGACAUGCUGAAAUGAGGUUAAAACAAGACGAGUGAAACAAUAAAAACGAUGAAAAACGGUCAACAGAAAAUUAUCAGAGCUAACCACCACCAUUGUCUGACUACAACGGUGAGAUUUAAAUAACCCGCCAAACAUCCCAAAACCACACCCCUCAGUGACGAUACCUAUUAGAAAUCAAACUCAACAAAUAUAUUUUGGCUCCUACAACUUAAAACAACCAAUCUACUGUAGACCUCUCUGUGAACUUCAGUCCCCUGUGUCCUCUCUCCAGAAUCCUCUCCCUCUGUCUCACGUGAAGAAGAUGCAGGAAGUCUACAACCUGAACGCCAUCAUGAACUCAGAAAUCCGCUACAGGUGAGUCACAUCCUCUGUGUUUAGCCCCUCCCACUCUCAGUCUUUGACCCCUCCCCUCUCAGGACACGCCUCCUCCAUUACCUCCCUCUGACUGGCUGUUGUCCCUGCAGGUGGCUGAGGUUGUGCGUUCGGUCCAGAUGGGAGGAAGCGGUCCCGAUGGCGAUGAAGAUGGCGACAGAGCAAGGCCGGAUGAAGUUCACCCGUCCUCUCUUCAAGUGCGUACGCUGACCUGUCACCUGGCGUUUAUUAAACCGCGUUCGGUUUAACUCACAUGUGUGUUUGUUUGUUUGUUUUUCAGAGAGGUGUAUAAUUUUGAGAAGUUCAGGGAGUUGGCUCUUCAGAUGUUCCGGGAUCACAGAGCAGCGAUGCACCCGGUCACCGCCGGACUCGUCGCCAAAGACCUGAAGGUGGACGUCAGCCUGUAACCAUGGAAACCAGUCUUUUAAAACAACGAAGCCAGUCCAUAAUCAGUAUUUACACACGUUUUGAGCACACACACAAUGUGUUUAAUUCUACACACUCACGUUAUAAACACACACAGUGUAUCACAGUGACAGUCACAGCUGUUCCCUGUUGUUUCCUGUCUGUGAUCAGCUGAUUUGUAAACUUCCUGUCUGCAAUGUAAACGUUUCCUCUCAGGGAAAAUAAUCAAUUCUUAAAUAAACGGAUACAUAAAGAAACU